AUGGCGAAGGAGAUUGACUUUCUCGCGGAGGACGACGCCGAGCUCGCGCCCCCUCCCCGUCGAGCACCGCCCCAGGCGCCGGAGGACGACGAUGACGCCGCGUUCAUUGCUGCUGCCGCGCAGAAGCACAAUGUCAAGGCUGGCAUGCAGGUGGCGAAGCAGGCCAGCAAGGGCAAGACCAAGUCGCCUAUGGCGAGCGGCAUAGUGAGCGGCGGCGGCAGCUUCCAGAGCAUGGGGCUGCAUCCGUCGCUGCUGCGCGCGCUGCUGCUGCGCGGCUUUACGACGCCGACGCCUAUCCAGCGGCGCGCGAUCCCGGCGAUCCUCGCGCAGCCCCCCCAGGACGUGGUGGGCAUGGCGCGCACCGGUUCCGGCAAGACGCUCUCGUACAUGGUCCCGCUUAUCCAGCGCUUGCAUGGACGCCAUUCGACGACGUUCGGCAUCAAGUCGGUGAUCCUGUGCCCCUCGCGAGAGCUGGCGCUGCAGAUCCUCAAGGUCGGCAAGGACCUCGCGCGCGGCUGGCGCUCCGACGAUGAAGCGCAGCGCGAGGCGAUCCGCUGGGCGCUGGUCGUUGGUGGUGAGGGGCUCGACGAGCAGUUUGCGAUGAUGACGGCGAACCCCGAUGUGGUCAUUGCGACGCCGGGCCGUUUGCUGCACCUGGUCGUGGAGAUGAAUCUGGACCUGAGGGCCGUUGAGUACGUUGUGUUUGACGAGGCGGACCGCCUCUUUGAGAUGGGCUUUGCCGAUCAGCUGGAGGAGCUGCUGCGCCGCCUCCCGACGACGCGCCAGACGCUCCUGUUCAGUGCGACGCUGCCCAAGUCGCUCGUCGAGUUUGCGCGCGCAGGCCUCGAGGCGAACCCGAAACUGAUCCGCCUCGACACGGACAGCAAGAUCAGCCCUGACCUGCGCAUGGCGUUCUUCAGCGUCAAGCCCGCUGAAAAAGACGCGGCGCUGCUCCAGCUGCUGCGGCACAUCAUCCAGGUGCCCACCGGCGCGCCUGAGCCGGACGAGCCAGCCGGCAAGAAGCGCAAGCGCAUGAACCCGGUCGACCAGCUGCGGCCGUACCAGACCGUCAUCUUUUGUGCGACCAAGCACCACGUCGAGUACCUGCUGCUGAUGCUCACGACGAUGGGCUAUGCGUGCUCGCACAUCUACUCGUCGCUCGACCAGGCCGCCCGCAGUAUCGAGAUGAACAAGUUCCGCGCGGGGCGCACGUCGCUGCUCGUCGUGACCGACUUGGCCGCGCGCGGUAUCGACCUGCCGGUGCUGGAGCAUGUGAUCAACUACGACUUCCCGCCCCAGGCGCGCCUCUUUGUGCACCGCGUCGGCCGCACAGCGCGUGCGGGUCGCCGCGGCUGGGCGUGGAGUCUGUGCACGCACGCCGAGCUGCCGAACCUGUGUGAUCUGCAGCUGUUCCUCGGCCGCCCCCUCGUGUCGUCGCACACGCUGCAGGGCGACGCGGCGCACGACCUGCAUGCGAAUCUGGUGCUGGGCACGUUCCCCCGCGACGUGCUGGAUUCGGAGAGCGAGUCGAUCCGGCAUGCGAUGCACGAGUCGUCCUCGACGGCGACCGCGUACGAUGCCCUCGCGCAGGUCGUCCAGCGCGCGCACCGCAUGUAUGUGCGCUCACAGCCCAAGGCCAGUGCAGAGAGCCACCGCCGCGCGAAGGACAUGCUCAAGGCGGCCGAGCGCAGCGCGCUCAUGGGCGGCACCGAGGGCUGGGCCCUCGCGGGCCAUCCGCUCGAGGCAGCGGGCGUGCACGAUGUGCUGCGGCGCCCUGACGUAUACCAGCUGGCCACGAGUGAGGACGCCAAGCGCCGCCGCACGCACGACGACCCCCUGGCCGGCGCGCGCGCGGCCUUGCUGGCCAAGGUGAACGCGUUCCGUCCCGGCGAGACGGUGCUGGAAGUAGGCGCACGGGGCCCGAACAUGCCGCUCGCGCGCCUCAUGCAGGACCGGCGGCGCACACUCGACGCGAAGCAGCAGCGUGCGCGUGCGAUCGAGGCGGCCAAGCGCGGCGACACGGCGCCCGCCGCGGACGUGCCGGAGGAGGCGCCGGCCGCCGCCUCUUUGCCCGCCGACGAGGCGGAGAUUGCGUCCGUCUUUGACACACGCACGAGUUUCCGCGAUCCGUCCGUGUACCUCGACUACGAGCAGCGCGGCGCCGCGGAGGAGCGCGGCUACUCGCUGCAUGGCCCUUCCUUCACGGAGCAGGCGAACCGCGUGAGCGUCGACAUGGCCGGCGACGAUGUCGGCCCGGGCACGCCGAACCAGCGGCCGAACCAGCGACGCUGGGACACGAAGAAGAAGAAGUUUAUCCAGGGCGACGGCACCGGCUCCGACAACCAGAAGCUGAUUCGCUCGGAAACAGGCCUCAAGCUGCCGGCCAGCUACCGCUCCGGGCGCUUCGACGCGUGGCGCAAGGAGCAGCAGGUGGAGCUGCCGCAUGUGGGCGAGGACGAGAGCUCGAUGGCCGCGUCCGCGCGCCGCGUCGCUGCGCUUGUGAACCAGCGCGGCGGCCCACGGCACCGCGGCUUCCACCACACGCAGACCAAGGCGCCGAAGCCGCUGGACAAGCUGCAGUACGACUACCACAAAAAGCGCAAGGCGCGUGAGCGCAAGGGCCUCUCGCCGCACGCGCCGCGCGCCGCGCACAGCGAGCUCAAGAGUGCGCAGCAGAUCCACCGCGCCCGCGAGGUGCAGGCGAAGCGCAAGGCAAAGAAUGCACGCCCGUCCAAAAAACGCAAGUAG